UCUGUUUACGUCUCUGCUCUUCGCUUUGUUCCUGAGUUAUCCAGCCUUGUUGUUGCUUAUAAUUUUGGAGGCUGGCAGAUCUGGAAUUUUCUUGGUUCUGAUGCAAAGGCCCACUCGAUUCUCGGGAAUAUUCCUUUCAAGCCUGGAUCUGAAUAUUCCUCGUGCGCUUCUCCAUCAUUUGUUGAAGAUGAAACCAUUAUUGAACCAUAUGAUUUUUACAUUAGUGGAAACACCAGUCAUCAGUUGAAUCCUUCUCAUUCAUUUUCAUCUCCAAAUCUCGAGUAA